GCUAAUAGUCGGGUGAUAAGGCUCGUUAGAUUUCUCGUUUCGCGUAGACCAGACGUCGCCACACCGAAAAUAAUGCUUUCUCGUUUGACGUCAAUAACUGUCUGGACAACUAGACUGGUUUUCUCAGCAUGAUUUGUUCGUAUUUUUCGUGGCAACACACGAUCAUCUCGUGUUAGGCAUAGGUUUAGCUGUAAAAUUACAAAAAUUCUAUGAUCUUCUUUAAGUAGUAUGGUUAAACUCGUUUUGCUUUUUAAAUUGAAGUAUAAGGAUUCUACUAAUAAAAUCGUCGCAAUUUGUUGGAAAUUUUUUAAUUCGUUUGGCGACAAAUCAUUCGAGCAAUGAACAUUUCAACUGUUUUUAUUGUUUGCAUAAUAUUUUUGAAGUUGUUUUGGGAAGAUCGCUCGUGACGUCAUUACAUAUUCAAUAAUUUAUAUAUUAAUGCAAAACUUUGCGUUUAUAAUCACGAAGUUUUUUGUACAGUAGCUGAAAGGCUUAUAAUUCGACAGAAGAGCUUUACAGACCAAAUAUUUAAAAAAAAUAAUUAUCAAUUUCCGAAUGUCAGAAACUUUCUUUAGUUGGAAAUCUUUUCUUCAACAACUUGAAAAAAAACUCGUUUAUUCAGGUUUGCAACGCGACUCUGGUGCUCGGCUCCAAUCAGCUAAUGACUCGCCAAUAUUUCCUCGAGCUCCUGGUUAUGAUACGAGUAGGUUGGUACAAGAAAUAGAAGUAAAAAGAAGAAGUUUGGAGCUUGAAAAACGAAUCUUUGCCUCUCCUCCGUCUAGAGUGGAACGAGAUUAUGCAAGUGGGCCUACGAGACUUGAGAGAGAUGAAUUAAGAGAGGCUGAAUAUAUUUCCGCAUAUACGCGAAAAGAGGAAGCUACAAAAAAAGAGAGAAAGGAGUACGUGGAGUUUCCGGACGAAGUGAGACCUCGUACGCAGUCAGUGGGACCGACAGAAGCGCAGUUGCGUGAAGCGGCGCAGACUAUCGCGAAUGUUGGUGAUCAAAUCGAACGAGAAUACGGUGGCCGAAUGCAGAUAGUGGAAGAAGAUUUAAAAACAUUUUUGCGUACGAACGGUAAUCUAUCAUACGAAGUGUUCGCAGCACAUGUCAACGAUUUAAUAGGGGAAGACCGAAAUUGGACGAACUUCAUGUUCAUAAUGCAUUUGAGUAAACGAGUCAUCACAACCACAAAAUCGGUCAGUGUCAACACCUUCGCUUACUUUCGGCAAUUUGUCGGAAGUGCGUUUGCAGAACAGGUCGCCCAACAAGAGGACGUGGUCAACUUUGUAAAAAAGAAAGAUUCCGAAGCAUCGUAGAAUCAAUCGGAAAAAACGGAUAGGAUCAAAUUGGGAACCGGAUUUUUAAAGCCACUAUAUGCAUGCGUAAUAAUUAAUCGCCUAAAAACAUCAUAUAAAGAAAUGAAGCCAACAAAAGCUUUCUCGGACGUUUGAAGCUGUGAAAUUUGUGUUUUAUAUGAAUUUCCCUUGUUAUUAAAAUAAUUUUUUGAAGAAAUUUAUCUUGUAAAAACAAGAAAACGUGUUCAUUAUUUUACUUUUAAAAUUUAAAUUAUUGUUUUUA